GGCUUCUAUUCCGGCCCUCAACACACCUUUCUGUUCUCCGUUCUCUCCCCAUAGGAGCCGAGCGAGUCCACAUGAUGCCACGGACCAACGUCGAGAUCGCCUUCCAGGACAGCCCCCAAACUUCCAGUGAUUUGGCAUGUUCGCCCCAGGACACUGCGCAGAUUCAUUUCACGGCCGCAUCCGGCCCUCACGAGCGUCGCUGACUCCGCUCCUCCCGCCCGCUUGCACACCCCGCUAUCAUGCAUCCACUCCUUUCGGUUCCGCUACCCCGUCUACUGGUUAUCCUUGCCCUUACUCUCCUACAAGUCUCUGCGACGCUCGCUGCGGGGACUCGGAAAAACGUGACUGUCGAUGAUACCAACGGCAGCAGCACUGGCGUUCAGAUCGCGUAUUCGCCGCCAGGCGCUUGGAGUGUCGGGCAGAACUGCACGGCCUGCCAGGCGAAACUCGACAAGAGCCAGGCCUUCGAUGGCUCCUGGCACGACGUCAGCUUUAUCUCGGACAACCCACCGCCUACCCCCAUCAGCGCAUCGCUCACGUUCGACGGAGUUGGGGUGUACGCGUUUUGCGUAAUCACGCGGUCGAACUCAGACCCGAACGGGAACUGGGACCUCUCGUUCCUCAUCGACGGCGAGCAGUCCGGCACGUUCAAGCUCGCUCCAGACGGCGAUGCCACGUACCACUACAACGUCCCCGUGUACGCGAACGACUCCCUCGCGUCCGGGAAGCAUACCUUCACGAUGGUCGUGGGCCACCCGGGCGGGCAGUCGUCCAUUGCGCUAUUGGAUUACAUGAUCUUCACCCAAGAAGACGACGCACCUACUACCACCAGCUCAUCCAUCUCCGAAUCGUCCAGCCCAUCCAGCGCACCGCACUCGUCCAGCGCGCCCAACUCGUCCAGCGGAGUCACCACCAGUACGUUGCCCAUCCCGACCUCCCCCCCGAGCAGCCACUCCGGCGCGUCCAGCACCCUACCUACCCCUGUCUCUACUACCACGACUUCGGUCAGCACGUUGACCUCUGCCUCGUCUGUGACCUCAGUGCUCUCGUCGGGCGUCAGCUCGGCGACGUCUGCGGCUGGCUCGUCUAGCGCGACCAAUCCCGCCGGGGGGCUGAGCAGCGCGGGCUCCAGUCCGAGCGCGUCGCCGUCGAGCAAUUCAGCUUUGGGGAUGCUUAGGUCGGGGAUGGGCGCGAGGCGUGAUGGUGUUGUUGGUGCGGGCGUUGCGCUCAUCGGCGUCGGGCUCGGCGUCGGGUUGGUGUUUUGA